UGAACGCUGUUAUGUUCAGCAUGAAACUUUAUCUCAUUUUAGAGAAUGUAGUUUAUGGUGCUGAUUAAGUAUAUUGCAUUAUAAACAUUAUACAUGUAUAUAAUGUUUAACAUAUAACACAGUUAUACCACGGAGGACCAACUAAAUAUUAGUACAACACAGUAGAGCACCACAAACAAGGCAACAAGUUAUUAGUUUUAGAUAAGUUCAACUAAUUAACUUAAACUGACUGUACAGUUCAAGUUCUAUUAUCAGUAUAUACUCAUUUUAAUAUCAGUUGACAUAUUACAUCAAACUCAGAGCUGUAGUUUGAUCUUAAUUCAUAAUAUUAAAGAUGACAGUUGUGUUUUCAUCGCUGGAAAAGAGCUUAAAACAUCCAUUGGAUUGCUCCAAAGAAGACGCAUUAUGCAGCAUUACCUGUGAGGAAAAUACAAGAUUAAAAGCUUCUGGACUCGAUCGAAUAUUUAGGAAUUCACUGCACAAACUGUACCAGUUUAAAUUGGUAAAGGAAUAAGUAGAUAAAUACUGAAUCCUAACAUGUGUGUGGUUUAACUACUCCUUUAAUAGUCUCCAAAAGACCACUAGCAUGGUUCUAACGUUUUCUUUUUCUUUAAGGUGCGCUGGAUGACUUUGACAAAACACCGGCCCCUCCAGCCCCUGAACCUGCAGCUGCUUCCUCCUCAGCCACCAGUGGUGCAGAGAAGCCACCUCUGCUUGAAGACAGCAAGCUCUUUGAGACUCUCUUUGACGGGGACAUGGCGACCCAAGCCAAGGAGGAGUGGGAGAAGGCCAUGACUGAGCUGGCCCACGAGGAGCCAGAACUACUGCAGCACUUCAAUAAACUGUCAGAGGCGGCAGGCAAAGUUGGCACUGACACGGCCUCCCAGCAAGAAUUCACUUCCUGUCUUAAAGACACCCUGCGUGGCCUGGCCAAGAAUGCAGAUAACCUGCAGACCUCAGGACUAGCUGGAGACGAUCUUGUCAAGGCUCUAGAAGGCCUGGGAUUGGAAGAGGGAGGCGAAGGAGGCGAAGGAGGCGGUGAUGACGGAAACAUCCUCCCCAUCAUGCAGUCCAUCAUGCAGAAUCUCCUCUCUAAGGAAGUGCUUUAUCCGUCUCUCAAAGAGAUCACUGCUAAGUACCCAGAAUGGCUGGAAGCCAACAAGCCGAGCCUUAGCGCGGAGGACUACCAGCGCUAUGAGCAGCAGUCCAAAAUCAUGGGAGAGAUUUGUAAGGGCUUUGAGAACGAGGAGCAGGGGGCGGGAGAUAAAGACGGCAUGUUCGAGAGCAUCAUGGACCUGAUGCAAAAGCUUCAAGACCUGGGCCAGCCACCCAAAGAGCUCGCAGGUGAUGCGCCUCCAGGCUUCAACUUCGACAUGGAGUCCCUCAAUCUCCCCGGAGGCCCCGGGGCUGGAGCGGCCGACCAGUGCUCCAUCAUGUGAUCAGGUAGCGGUGCGACCCAUCAGAAGCACCGGAGCCAAUGGGUCCCUCUGUGUGCGUCAGCGACAGGCAAGGGAGUGAUGGAGUGUGAAGCAAAGGUCAGGCAGGAGAGUGACCGGACCGCUCGACACCGUUCUCCCUCAAGUAGAAGGUGUGUGUGGAAGCAGAAACAACAGGAGGAGGCACGAAAACCAACGGGAACCACACACACACACACACACACACCAAACACACUCUCUCCUGUCUAAAAAUCACUGAACGCACAGCUGAGAACAUUUCAACAUCUUUGCAUUAGUUUGUCAGCGUUUGACGCAGCUCCUUCACGGUUUAGUUUUAACAGCAUUUCUUUAAAAAAGAAAAAUACCACUGUCGUUCUUUAUGUUGUUUUUACAAAAACUGUUUCAUGGUAAAAUCUUAUCAAACCACCUCACGGGUAUUAACAGUGCCUUUGCAGAAUGACUUUAAGUUAUUGUUUUAGGUCUUUAGAUUUUGCUAUCAUUCAGCUCAGCACUUAAGAUUAUAGUUUUAAAGUGGUGUGAAUCCUGCAAUAUCAUACACCAAGUAAGUAAUUCUUUGGUGCUUCAUUAAAAACGCACCUAUGUUUCUGUACAGGUUGUAGAGGAUGUAACUUAACGAGUUAAUUACUUAUUAACAUGUAAGGAAACUGAAGAAAAAAAGAGUAGUGUACAUUUGUUAAUUAUUUAAAUGAUUAAAAAUACUAGAGAGGUUUAAACACCUCGUGAGAUGUUCCCAGCGCCAACUAAUUGAAGAAGACCCAUCCCCCUGAGUGUUAACUCUUUCCCAGGUGUUGAUUUGAAAUGAUUGAGAUGAUGAAGCCUUUGCUGUGGUGAGUGUACAGUUGCUGUGAAGAGUGCUCCCCUUGUUAUCCCCAGUGUUUUUAAUGUGCAGAGUGAUGUUUUCUCUGGUCUGGGGUCCCUGCUAGGAAAGAAAAACUCUUGACGGAUAUUCAGGAGUGUUUACCACCGUCUGCUUUUGUCCUGCACCCUCCA